AUGGUUCUGAUAAAAGUUGUUGUCGUUUUUGUUUUAGCUUCUUUCCCUGUCAAUUCUUGUGACAGAAAAAGUGUAGGCUGUGUACAAUUAUUGUAUUUCAACUUGUUGACACACUCAUUCACUUUUUUUUUUCAUCUGAAAAUGGUUCCAUGGUUCUGUGUCUUUACUAUUUUUUCUUCCUUCUUGUUCAACAAAUCAAGUGCCGAGCUCAUAACUUCUCUUCCUGGACAACCUCCAAAUAUUUUCUUCAAACAGUACUCUGGUUAUAUUGUUACAAAUUCUCAACAUGGCAGAGCUUUAUUUUAUUACUUUGUUGAAGCAGAUUCAGAAAAUGCAGCAUCACUUCCCCUUACUGUCUGGCUCAAUGGAGGCCCUGGUUGUUCAUCUGUUGGUUAUGGUGCUUUUAUGGAGCAUGGUCCUUUUCGGCCAGGGAAAGAUGGGAGCCUAGUGAAAAACAAGUAUUCUUGGAAUUUGGAAUCGAACAUGCUAUAUGUGGACUCCCCGAUUGGGGUAGGAUUUUCAUACUCAAAUACAAGCUCAGAUCACAUCAACUGGGAUGAUGCUGCAACUGCUAAGGAGAAUCUCCAAUUCAUCCUCAACUGGUUCGAGAAGUUCCCCCAAUAUAGAAACUCGGAAGUGUACAUAACUGGGGAGAGUUAUGCAGGUCACUAUAUACCACAGUUUGCAGCAUUACUGCUUGAUUACAACAGAAUGUCCAAUGUCAAACCGAUCAAACUUAAAUCAAUCGCACUGGGAAAUCCACUGCUAGAUAUUGAAAUAAGCGUGAGGUCUGCUGAAUAUCUAUGGGCUCAUGGUGUCAUUUCUGAUGAACUGCUUGAUAUGCAAACAACAAUCUGUAAUGAAACAAGGUACAUGCUGGAGUAUAUACAUAAUGACAUAUCUAACGAAUGUGCGGAAGUGUGGAAACUCAGAAUGGAAGAGAUGGGAAAUGAAAUAGUUAAGGAUGAUAUACUCUUGCCAGCAUGUGUAUCAGCAGGACAACUACGGGCCCUUGGAAACCUCGGCACAAUACACGAGAAGCUUUAUAAUAAAGUAGGAAAAAUUGCAGAUCCAUGCCUUACUGAAUGGAUAAAUCUGUACCUUAACAAGCCAGAAGUUCAAAAGGCACUACAUGCCAACACCACUUACCUGCCAUAUGCCUGGGAGAUCUGUUCGGGACCCCUUCAGUAUAAGAUAGAAGAUGCAGCUAUAGACGUUAUACCUCUGCUGUCAAACAUUCUAAAAGAGCAUAUCCCAGUUCUGCUUUUCAGUGGAGACCAAGAUUCAAAAUUACCACUGACCCAAACUCGGAAAAUAGCUAAGUUGCUUGCUCAAGAUGUAAAGCUAGUUGCUUUUGAUAAAUAUGGUCCUUGGUAUGAUGGCUUGCAGAUCGGAGGAUGGAGUCAAUCAUUUGGAGGGCUAAGGAACGAUGCAAACGUUACAUACUUAACAUUUGCUACAGUUAGGGGUGCAGCUCAUGAAGUGCCCUAUACUUCUCCUUCACAAGCUCUUACACUUUUUAGAUCAUUUUUGAGAGGAUAUCCUCCACCGCGAAAGAGCAGCACCAUUGCAGCCCAGUAGCUGUGCAUUCUAAUCAAUCCGAUGAAUCUCUUUUCGGCUGUUCUCUAGACUGCAAUUACAGAUUCUCAAGUUUUGUUUAGAGUAUUUGUAGUACUCCUUUUUUGUGAUGGAUUUUAAAUAAGCCUACUUAUUGAAUAUAACUUGGCCAGCCAUAGGUUUUACCUAGAGGGCCAGUGGAAACUUUUGUUUUUA